AUGACAGAUAAAGAAGAAGUUGAAAAAAUAUAUACAAAAGAUUUAAGAAAAGGUAUUUUACCAAGUAAAAUUAAAGGUCGUGGAGCAAAUAAUAGUGAUUCAAUGGAUAUUGAUUCAAGUGAAAGAUAUUCAGGUAAAGGUGGUGAAUUUCAUUCAUUAAAUGAUGAUGGUGGUGAUAAAGUUGGAGAACCAUUGAAAUCAAUUGAAGGUUGGAUUAUAUUUGUUAGAAAUAUUCAAGAGGAAGUUCAAGAACCAGAUUUAAUGGAUAUAUUCGCAGAGUAUGGACAAAUUAAAAAUAUUCAUUUAAACAUUGAUAGAAGAACAGGUUUUACAAAAGGUUAUGCUUUAAUUGAAUAUGAAAAGAGAUCUGAAGCUGAGGAUGCAAUUAAAAAUGGUUCAGGUUAUGAAUUGGCUGGUUUGAAAUUAUCUGUAGAUUGGGCAUUCAUCACUGGUAAUGCUUCAUUAUCUUCUGGUGUCGUUUCUUUUAAAUCAAAUAGAAAAGAUAAAAAUAAUUCAAAUAAUUCAAAUAAUUAUCGUUCAAAUAAAGGUGAAAGAAGAUUUUAA